AUGGUUGCUUCUUUAGCACAGUCGGCCAUAUCAACUCUCUUCGUACCCGACACCGACAGCAUCGUCUCCUUCAACAUUCCCCCCAACUCAGAUGAUAUCAACUUUUAUGCCACAACGCCAGAUUGGUACCAGUACACGGCCAUCGGGUUUGGGACGUCCAUGUCAGAUGCGCUGAUUCUGGUACUGUAUCCAUCCGAAGAUGGAAAAGGGGUAACUGUCAGUCCACGCAGAUCAACGGGUAACACGGAACCGGUACACGCACCCGAAACCAAAGUGACAGUCCACAUGUCCGCUGUAAACGACAACUCCGACAUGAUCGUGAACGCCACUUGCCAUGGCUGCCAGGCAUUUACCAAGGUUGGCUCAGCUGCGCCCAUGAUGUUCGCUGUCGGUCCGGACCUUGACCUUAAGUCUGAUGAUUUGGCUGCUGAAAUCCGUCGACAUGUUGCUUAUGCCAAGUUCAACAUCAACCUCCUGAAAGCCACCGGCCCAGGCGGCAUUAGUUCAGCUAUCUCUGGCAGCGCAUCCGCCUCCGGGUCGGAUACCAUCCUCAACAGCGGCGAAUUGCAUCAAGACUCAAACACGGCCGCCACGGCUCACGGGAUUGUGUACGGGAUUGCCACCCUGGCGGUGGCUCCUUUCGACUCGUUGGUAGCGGGCGCAAUGGGGUCGCGAUGGGCUUGGAUGCACGGCAUCACAGCGACCGUGUACUUUGCCUUUGUGAUUGGGGCAUUUGUGCCCGGUGUCAUGAUCAGUCGGGAGCAUGUUGCGACCCAACAAUACCGCACCCCCCACCAAGUCCUCGGCCUCAUCGCGUUUGCCGUACUCACCAUCAUGUUCCUAUGGGGUAUUGCACUGUCUUGGAUCAAGCGUUCUGCCAAGCAACGCGGCCAGGAACCCCCAGAGAGCACUCGCCUGUUGGCGAUUAUCCAUCGGUGGACGUGUCGGCUGAUCUGGGUGCUCACGUUGGUAAAUAUUGGGCUGGGUCUUAAAUUGUCGGAGCAAAAGACGGUAUUUCUGCUGGCUUACAUUGCAGUAGCUCUUGGGCUGCUGGUCAUUAUAGUACCGGUGUACUUUUGCAUGUGGAGGUUUACGAAGAAGAAGAAGGAGAAGGAAGAGGCGGGGCAUGAGAUGUAUACCAUUUAUGACCACAACUACCGGUGA